UUUAGCAAAAAAUAUAAAAUUUGUUUAUAACGAAAUAAAUUAUAAGUAUUUUUUUAUUACUUUUUUUAUUAGUUCAGUGAAAUUAACGACAAAAAUACGAUUAUUGUGGAUUGGAAGGAAAAAAAUUUUUAAGAAAAAUGGAUGAUAAAUUAUGGGUCAUCGAAUUGGAAUCGGCUUUGUUAGACGAUUGCAACGUCAAUGAUAUUUACAGUAUUUGUCAAGGAAAAUCCCUGCCGGAAGCUCUAAGGCCUGAUGUUUGGCAAGUUUGUCUGGAUGUUCGCAAUAAAAACGAUCAAAUGUGCUUAUUUAACGAAAUCUAUGACCUGCCAUUUCAAAACAAAUUACGGGAAGAUUGCCAAACAGUAGUGGAACGAAUAGGCAACGAUGAUGAGGAUAAGGUCUCGGUAUUAUCAGAUUUGGAAUCUAUUUUAACUUUUUAUUGCAAAAAUCGAAACCUUCAGUAUGAAAGCGACAAUGGCUGGAUAGAACUGCUGCUCCCAUUGCUGGCACUUAAAUUGAAACGCUCAGAUACAUACAACUUGUUCGAAUCUAUUCGUGAUACCUAUGUACCCAAAGGUUGCAAGCCGAAGGGAAAUGUAUUUCACGUCUUCCGUUUACUGAUAUUAUACCAUGAUCCUGAAUUGUGCACUAUGUUGGAUACAAAGAAAAUAUCCCCUGACUUAUAUUCUCAGCAAUGGUUCCAAUGCUUAUUUGCCUCGAGUUGCAGCUUAUCAGUUAUACUGGCUAUGUGGGACUUAUAUUUUCAACAUGCCGAUCCAUUUUUAGUAUUCUUUUUAGGUUUAAUCAUUUUGAUUAAUGGACGCGAUCAGAUUUUGAAUAUGAAAAAUUCCAGCAAACAAGAAAUUAUUCAUUUUCUUACAAAUAUGCCAUGUGCUUUGGAAACGGAUGACGUAGUAGAUUUUUGUUCAUUGGCCCAAUAUUAUUCAAUAAAGACUCCGAGUUCGUUUAAAACCGAUUUUCUGAAAGCAUUAUAUGGCAAACAAAGUGAGAAAGGAGUAAACGAGGAACCGUGUUCUGUAUCACAGGCUCUUUGCCUACCUGUUUCAGUAUAUGAAUUGGUCGAAAAUACUUCUUUAGAGAUUUGCUCGGCCGAUGCGGUACGUUUCUUCCUGGUGGAUUGUCGCCCGGCGGAUCAAUAUAAUGCUGGUCAUUUAUCUACAGCGUUUCAUUUGGAUUGUAAUUUAAUGUUACAAGAACCUGUAGCUUUUGUGACCGCGGUUCAAGGCUUACUAACGGCUCAGCGUCAUGCAAUUGAAGCGAAUUCUAGUGCCGGGGGAGAGCAUCUUUGUUUUAUGGGUAGUGGUCGUAUGGAAGAAGAUCAAUAUACCCACAUGGUAGUCGCAUCGUUUUUGCAGAAAAAUACCCAAUAUGUUUCUCUCUUAACGGGUGGCUACGGUUCGAUACAUAACUAUUUUGGGGAUCAUAUUGGCGAUUGCCUGGAGGAACAUGAUCCAAAAAUGUGCUUAAUUUGCUUUAAAAAUCAACCAAAGGAGAAAAUUGCUCAGCAAUCUAACAAGAGACCAACUAAAACUGGCACUACGACAGAUCUGUUUGCAAAAUUUUCAAGUGUUAUGAAGCUCAAGUCGGCCGAAGUGAAAGAUAAGCUUAUGGAUAUUAUUGUAAAUCCCUCCAAUAAUACGGCGAACGCUUCGACGAUGGUCGGUAAUUCGCAUCAGUACACGCAAGACCGGCAUGUCUCAGCUUCAGAACGUAAUGGCAAACGUUAUCGUAAUGUAGCACCAGUUUUUAGCAUCGACGACGAAGGCGAUUAUAGCGAUCCUUUGGAAAGUAAAACUCUGUUAAAUGACGAUAAAAAUAAGAUGUCCGGUGAUGACCAAGAGGUCGUUACGCUUAACAACUAUUUAAAAUCGCCCGAUAUUAUAAACGCUUUCAAAUGCCAGGAAGUGCAUAUGAAUGGGUAUAUGUACGAUUCCCACUUGAUUAUAACCCCAUCGCAUUUAUUAGUUCUGCGGGAAUUAGGCCGUGGUCAAGCUCAGAUUAUGGUACGUCGUCCUUUGGCAAGUAUUGUUAAGAUUACUGCAAAGAAAAGACAUCGCGAUUUAAUUACAUUUAAAUAUGGAUUUCCCGAGGGUGACAAUUUGCUUAUAACCGAUAUGGAUCGCUUCCUUAUACCAAAUGCGAGUGAAGCAACAGCUAUGGUAUCCAAAUAUAUUGUGCAAACAUUGGAUGGCAGUAAAUUAACGUAAUCUUAAGUCAAUUAACAUUUAAUCAGAAUGUAAAACAAAGCAUGUAUCUAAUUGAAGUCUAUUCCUUUCGCCCUUUCCUGAUCUUUGUUUAACUUGAUGGUUUUUGAUUUCUAUCUUCUUCUCUUCAAUUUUUAUGCUGGACUUUAAAGUUCAAUUGUGUACGCUACUGCAACCAGCGAAGUUAGUUUUACCCUUUUCUAAGCGUACACAUGUAAGCAUACAGAUCCAAACAUACGUACAACUUAAGAAAAGAUUUUAAAUUGUCAAAAAUUGAAGAGAAGAUAGGUUUACGUGGACAAAUAUUUAAAUAAUAAUUAAAUCAGUCCCUUAUCUUAAGCGUAAACCAAGAGAUGAUUAAAUGAUAGCUUU